AUGUCGCCAGAAGACAGAGGCAAGGUGAUCGGCGGAGUCGUCGGCGGCGUGCUGGGCGCUGCACUGGUGCUAGCGUGUGCCUUCCUUCUACUCCGGCAGAGGCGGAAACGCACCUCAGAGGAGGAGGGCACGCCGGCGCGCCUGAAGUGCUCCCUCGAGUCUGAGCCGACUCGCACCUGGCUCGACAGGCCUCCGACACUGCCUCCGAUCCCACCCUCGCCCCACCUCUCGCUCGACGACGGAAUCGGCCGCCCCUCCCUCUCGCCCUCGCUGUCGCCCGACAUCCGCCCCUCGCUGGCCGAGAAGCCCUCGUUCGCGGAUCGCAACUCGCUCGGCCCGCCCGCGAGUCCGAACCCGCCCUUCGCCUCCGCAUUCGGGAUGGGCGAGUACGAGCGGCCCGGCUCCUCCAAUGCUCAGUCGGCGCCUAGUGUCCCCAGUUCGAGCGGCCACGAACGACCCACUAGCAGCCAGUACACGCCGCAUACUGGCGUCAGUGCGACUGGGACCCCCCACCUCGGCUAG